AGCCUCUUGCUCUCCAGCGCUUACCGAGCAGGAAGAGCCCAAAACGAGAGUAGACGAGACACACACCCCUGUCUGACGUCAUCCUGAAGGUCCUCUAUUUUGCUGAUUUAUGUAAGCCGCUGGCGCGCGCCUCCGAAUGUUAUACAAGGAGGAAGCACGCGCUGCGGGUACAGUAUUGCUGGGAGAGAUGCGGGGCUCAAUGUUUUAUGCGGCGGGGGUGAUGCACGUUCCUGAUAGAAUUCUAUGAAAGAAUACUGGGAGACGUGUAGAACGCGGGGUUGUGCAUGAAUGGUUCAGAGUGAGCUAACUCUGUGUAGUCCAUCUAUUGUGGACUAAGGUUCUCUUGAUACUAAGCGAACUAGCUUGGCUAGCUCCUGAAGGUUAGAGAUGAGGGACUGUGCAUGUAUGUACUUCUGUAUUCUGUGCAUGAAUUUAUAUAUCUAUCUAAUCAGAAUGAUCCAAAUAGAUGUCAGACUUUAUAUUUCUUUUUGUUGGUGAGAAAUAAUGAGCAUGAUUGAGAACCUGCAUCAACCAAUUGUUAAAUUUAACAUAAACUGUCAGAUUUUUAAAGUGACACUCGAAGCACCAUAACCACUACAUUGUACGUGAAUAUUCUCUGCAUAUUCUGCCUCACUUUCUGUGCCAAAAUAAAAGUGAACACCUGAGAAAUAGAAUACGUUUCUGGUACACAAAGUGACGUAAAUAUUAAAGGGACAUUCCAAGCACCAUAAUUACUAUAGCAUGUUGAAGUGGUUGUAGUACCCUGGUGUCCCUAUUGUAGGUAGACGGGUUUUAGUUGAAUACCUUACCUUGGGUUUGCUGGCCAUUGCUCUAGAAACUUCCGUUCGCUCUCCUGAGCUAAAUCCUGAGUGCAGGGGUAACUCAUUGGCUAAAACAAUGUACUGGGAAUUUUAUUAAUUGAGCCCUGUAUUUUCACAAAAACUUGGCAAGAUAGCAAUUCUAUUCUCACUAGGUGUAGCUGAACACAAUUUAGUGAUUUAAAAUUUAAAAAAAAAAAUCUAUUUAUAAAUUACAAUAGCACACAUCAUUUUUACUAAAUGAACCUCUAAAUCCCUGUUUGUAUAUUUAUGCAACGAUGAUUGUAUAUACAACGGUUUUUAUGGAUAGGGGAGUUGAAUACUAUUUUAGAGGGACCAUAACUUCGCCUUUUAUUUUAACCCUACCCUAGGCUGUUUAAUGUUUCUGAGCUGUUGGUAUUGAUGGGAUCUGGCAAUGAAUCAGUCCAAAAUACUCAAAAUCAUGGACUGUGUUGGGAGUUUAUUUUUAUGUAUUCAAAACAUAACAUGCACACAUUCAACAGAGUUUUCUCCAGUAUUGUGUAUUUUAUUGAACUGGUGUUGCCAAAGAGAACUGUGUAGUCCAAGCAUGUCAAACUCAAGGCUAACACAGGCAAAUAAACGGUUUAAGUUUAUGUGGGCCGCAAAAAAAAGGUUCGACCUAGGCCAACACAAACUAAAAAUUACUUGUAUCAUUCUCAUGCAAACAAUAUGUAAUCCUGGGUACAUAUAUACAGUGUGUGUGUGUGUGUAUGUAUGUAUAUAUAUAUAUAUAUAUUUGAGUAAAUAUAUAUCAUUUACUCAAAUGUUUCACUUCACGUUACUUACUAUGCCCCCCAAUCUAACACACUGCCUCCCGCAGCCCUGUCCCCUGACCCACUCUAAUUUAAUACUGCCCUCCCUUCCUUCAAUUUAACACCUCAAACCGCUUUAUCCACCCUUGGAUAACUGAUUUUAUUGACCCCAGUUUGCUCUGCACUUGCUUCCUAAUGAAAUGCUUCUCAGCGAGAAACACUCAGGACAAAUGUCACACACGACUCUCUGCACAAGUGGCCAAUCGAGUGGCAACUCUUUCACUUCAUGACCAUACCUCCAGUCUCAACAUGUUUUCCUACUGGCCAGUGGCAACAACAGCUCAUGUACGCACACAUCUUCGUUCUGUGAAUUAUAUUAACUUGAAAAAGUGCUACACUACAUUCUAAAUUAGAAUUAACAGUGCUAUAGGUAGAUAAUGAUCUCACCUUAUUGCUAUUAGAAGGAAGAGACAUGUGAGUUCUAAAUAAUAUUUGCUCCUUUUGUCUGCAGAAAUAUUCACGAAUGAGUUGUCAAUAAUAAACUGUUUGAGAUAUUCAUUGUUACGCUGUGCCCCUUGCAUUUAGUGAAUUCUUACCUCUGUUUUUGCUCACAACUACCCUGCAGGCUAAUACCGAGGUGUCAGUAGACUAAUCCUGAGGUGUCUUAAGAGAGCUUUGGUGGCCACCAGAGCCAUGUCUCAAAAGGGAAAACCACUCAAAUCCAAAAAAGCAUCUGGAAGCAAGAUAUCCGAUGGGAGUCAGGAAGAUGGUUUAAAGCUGGAUUCCAAAAACUUAAAGUCACCCACUCCCAAAGGCCCAGGAAAGCGCAAGCCCCUAUCUAAGGAGUCUAGCCUAGGAAAAGCCAUAUCACAGUCAAGCAGUAGUGAACAUUCUGAUGUUGAUGCCAAAAAGAGGAAGAAGCAGAAUGAUUUAGAAGCCAGUGGUGGUUCUCUUCUGGAGACUAUCCAGAAGUCCCGUCUUAAUGCAGCUCUGUCUGUUUCAGAAUUUAAAUUCAACAAGAAGAGAGUUCGACUGGUAUCUAGUGAGGCAGAUCUAAAAGAUGAUGCCCUGGGUAUUGUGUAUUGGAUGUCACGGGAUCAAAGAGUUCAAGGUGUGUAUCUCAAUGAAUUGUGGGUACGAACUCCAGUUGCUUUCUGAUGUUAGGUUUACUGUUGUAAACGGAUUUUAAGAUCAAAAAUAGUUGUUUUUUUUUUGUUUUUUUUUAAAUUUAUUUAAUUUGCAUUGCUAAGUAAAUCAUUGCUUCCCAACCCAGUCCUCAAGGCACACCAAUAAUCUAGGUUUUGUCAGUAUCCUCAUAGGAACAGUAUUGGGAAAUUGUGCUGUCAGUGUUCCUUGAGGAGUUGGGAAUAGCAGACAUUCAAUAGUGUGUUGUUCUCCUGUUUCUCUAACUGUAUGUUUCUGUGUUACCACAUGCUUCAACUAUACCAAUCUAUUUCAAUUAAAAAAAAUAAAAAAAUAGAUCUAUUCGUUUAAGAAAAAAGUGUUAUGUAGUAUGAAUUACCCUUUAAAAUUGCAAGUUUUUUUUUUUUUGUUGUUGUUUGUAGAACAUGGCAACUGAUCACAGCUUUUCCCUUGUAUCCUUUACAGAUAACUGGGCUUUCCUUUAUGCUCAGCGUUUGGCUCUCAAACAGAAGUUGCCUUUGCAUGUAACUUUCUGCCUUGUGCCCAAAUUUUUAAAUGCUACAAUUCGGCAUUAUGGCUUCAUGGUAAAGGGCCUACAAGAGAUUGCCGAGGUACACACUAAAUCUGCCAUUAAAGGGAUCCAGUUUCUGUUUACUUUCUCCCAUUAACCAAUAGUUUCUUUUUCCAGGAGUGCAAUGCCUUGAACAUUCCUUUUCACCUACUUAUUGGAUAUGCUAAAGAUGUUCUUCCAAGCUUUGUCAAGGAGCAUGGCAUUGGCGGGGUAGUAACUGACUUUGCCCCCUUGCGUGUCCCAAUGCAGUGGGUGGAGGAUGUUUGUGAGAAAUUGCCCAAAAAUGUACCACUAGUGCAGGUAAAUAUCUGCUUUAUAAACUAUAAAUUAUAUAUAUGUGUGUGUGUGUGUGUGUGUGUGUGUGCAAGCAAGAAACAUAACACAAGGCAGUAAUAAACAAAUAAGGAAAAAAACAGGGACCAAGACUAUGGGAAAUACAUAUAUACAAUGUAUUGGCACUGCCUGUUUGGCUGACACAAGACUAACCCAUAUGUUCCUUAUUUAUUGCCAUUUUAUUGUCUUGUCUGUCUCUUUAAAUUUAUAUUUGACGCUUCAUGCUUGGUUUGCAGGUGGAUGCUCAUAACAUUGUCCCAUGCUGGAUUGCCUCCAACAAACUGGAGUACGGAGCUCGGACCAUUCGCAAGAAAAUCCACGAUCAGCUCUCUCAGUUCUUGACAGAAUUUCCUCCCCUCAUACAGCACCCUUACACCUCAAAAUUUCAACCAGAAGUAUGUAUGUCAGAUGUCCUAUUGUAUUCUGUGUAGAUGUUUCUGCUGUCAUGUUGUCGGAUUCUGCUUUAUCUUAUGUCAAUACAAAUACAUACAUAUAUGUAUGUGUGUGUAUUGCAUCAUAAAUUGUCCGUGAGCAUUGUGAAACCAUCUGUCAUGUCUUUCACCACAGGUUUAUAGUUUUACUCAUAUAUUAUUCAUAUACCAUGUUGCUAUAAAUGAUUUGAUCACAAAGCCUUGCAAACCUCAGCAGUCAAAAUAUAAAGCAGCAGCCUACACUUUUAUGACCACAACACAACCCUCCAGAGAACAAGCCUGAGAAGGAAAACUUCACGAUAACUUGGUACUCAAUAAUGAAGGUUAACUUUAUACAUAUGUUUUUGCAGUUGGUCCAAAAGAAGGUGAAAAAAAACUGAUUUCCAGUUGUGCAACAAACAAAAGGGGGGAAAAUUCUUCUUGAUUUCGAAUUAACCAUUGUGGUGUCAUUAUCCUGCCAGGAACAAGAGACCCAGUCUGGCUAAUGUGACUUUUGUGCAAAGCACGCCCAACAUGCAGGCGCCACACAGCCAAUGGAGGCAUAUGCCUUUUUGUUUAUUUAAUAAUCAGUGAAUUUAUGUUGGAAUUGAUCAUGAAAACCAAAGGCUAUUGCUAGAUUGUUUAGUAUAUGUACUGUAAGUGCCUGUGUUUGUCAGAUUUGUUUGACUGAUAAUAGUUCUCUGUUCUCCACUGCACAGCCUAUUGAUUGGGAUCAGUGCUAUGCUAGUCUUGAAGUGGACCGAACUGUAAAAGAGGUUGAAUGGGCUAAGCCAGGGACCAGUGGAGGAAUGGCUGUACUUCAGGAGUUUUUAUCAGAAAAGCUCAAAUAUUUUAAUUCUGACCGCAAUAACCCAAACCGGAAAGCUCUCAGUAACCUGUCACCGUGGUUUCACUUUGGUGAGUGUGUACUCCUGAGACAAUAUUUGUAAACCAAAAGUAUUUUUUUUUUUUUUUUUGGCUUACUGUGGUGAAUCUCCCAUAAACAGACCCCUUUUUUGAUCUUGUUUCCUUGAAUUUUAAAACUUCUUGCUGUCUCUGCCUAAUCUCAGGGCAGGUUGCUGUGCAGCGAGCCAUACUAGAGGUGCAGAAGUAUCGCAGCAAACACAAGGAAUCUGUGGACAGUUUUGUGGAGGAAGCAGUGGUGAGGAGAGAGCUGGCUGACAACUUUUGCUACUACAACAAAAAUUAUGACAAAGUAGAAGGUAAACCGCUUUCCCAAGGCUUGUUAUUGGUGUUCCAACGCACCAGUUACUGUCUUUGUAUAUUGUAAAACUAACACCUAUUUGACAAUAUUUUUAAUAUUAAUAUGAAUCUGUUUCAUAGAGACUUGUGAGAGCUGGCAUAAUUCAAACAAAUCGCAAACUGUGGAUAGUGUUUUCUAUGAGAGCAUUAUAUAUUCUGGGCAUUGGAAAUGGAGAGCAAUUUACUAACCUAAGACAAACUGUAGUUCUCUGAGAUAACAACGGUUGCUCAGAAGAUGUAAUGUUAUAAUUGUUCAAAUGCAGGAUGUAUUUGCAUGCUAGUAGUGUUUAUGUCAUCUGCACAAUUGUCACACCUCUUUUCUUCUUAAAUGAAGUCCCUAGUGACUGAUAUUGAGCCAGGAUAAUUGCAAUAGAUAAUGAGAUAUACACUACAACAGGGGUCAGCAAACUACGUCACAUGUGCCAUGCAUGGCACUCUAGGUGCUUUUAAACGGCACUCAAGGCUGUCAAAGAUAAACUGGCUUUGGCCCAUAAAGAGUCCUUAGUGCAAACUGAAUGGUUAGGGGCAAUCCUCAAUUUACGCAUUUCAGCACUUAUAGGAGGUAACCUCAGAUCACUUUAUCCCAGUACUUGUGAAUGGGAAUCCGCACUGGAUUAGAGCAGUCCACAGAAGCUUUUGCAGCUCUUGCCCUUGACCUGUACCUGGCUGGCCCGGUCCUUACAGGAUCCCAGGAAAGCCACCCACACUGCUAGAUAUACACUGAGCUUCAGAAUAAGUCUCCCCCUCAUACAAAUAAUACAAACAUCCCACACACAAACACAUCCCCACAACACCACUGACAAUCCACAUACAUGCACACAGCCCCACAAGCAACCUGUCACAUACAGUACCCUAAGCAGCCCCACACACAUACACACCAAACACACAUUGUGACAUUUUACACAAGCAACCCCCAUACACAGCCCACUUUCAAAGGGAUCAUAUACAAUACUAUAAACUAGCUCACAUAUGCACAAGUACAACGCUGCAAAGCAACUGCAGCACCCAUGAAUAACACAAGCAAAGUACGGUAACAUGCACACGUCAAUUUUAAAACAGAGGAUCAGCACGCCAAGAGACUUCAAAAUCUUUUUUUUUGUACAGUACUACUGAACGGCUUCCUACCCUGCACUACAACCUGUGAAAAAAUAUAUUGUUUUCUUCUAUCAUACAAAAACACUUGCUUAAAUGCAUUUUAAUUGACUUCUAAUGGAAGGACAGUUCUUUGUUCCCUCAUCCUAAUAAACAGGGAAUAAUGCUGUGUGGUUUAAAAAAAAAAAAAAAAUUUACUUCAAGUGCACUUAUGUAUUUUGGGCAACAUCACCGACCCAUAUUGCGUAAUCUGAUAAAUAUUGUAUGAGCUACGGCAUUAUUUAGAAAACUGGUUUUGCAAAAAUCUCGUUUGUGUGUGUGUGUGAUUUUUUUUUUUAUUAACAAAUCAUUAAUGACUGUUGCUUCUAGGUGCUUACGAUUGGGCAAAAAAUACAUUAAAAGAUCAUGCAAAGGACAAGAGGACUCAUUUGUAUAGCCUGGAGAAACUCGAAGGUGGCAAGACUCAUGAUCCCUUGUGGAAUGCAGCACAGGUAAAGAAUCUACAUCCCAGAAAACUAUUUGUAUCACCUAGAUCUAGGGUGCUAGCAGCUGUUUUUAUUAUACCGUUUCUAAUCCGAAAUUACAAACACUUUCCGAUUCUCCUAAAUAAAUCAUUUUAGCAAUGUGGUAUUGGUCAGUUAUACGCCAGUGCUUUAGCUGGUCUAAUAUACAAGAUUAGGUUAUCUGAUUACAGGGAGAAUCAUCUUGUCUCUGUUCACAUAGAUAACACAAUGAGAACACCUAAACCGCUCACGCUGCUGGCAUGUGUACAAGUUAACCAAUACUGGCUAUCAUUUCAUUUUCUUCUCCUGCCAUUUCAACAAACCUAGUUCUUUAGGCUAGAGUUUACUUUCUCCAGCCUUUUGGUGACAUCAGUAACUAUAAUGGAGGAUACCAAUCUAUAAUAACACACUGUGGUGCAGUAAAUCCUUGUGGCUAGGCAGGGUUGCAAGAAAUUUUUAUGUGCACGAGAUCUUUCAGUUUACUCACCCUUUGUCCCAUGCCUUUUGACCAUAUGAGUAGCAAGUCCCAAAACAACAAUGCAUUAACUCCAUCUAGAAUAGAUUACUUUACCUCCAUCCCCCCCCUUUUUUUUUUACCAUCUUUUCAUUCCUUGGUUUUCCACUGCCUUUUCAAAAACAUAUACUUUGUGUCUCAUUUGCGUAAGUUUGGUAAUAGACCUCUACACAUGUUUGAAAACAUUAUGUAGCUCUAUUCCCUCUAAACCCUUUUGUAUUCCUGACUUUAAUUUCUUUUUUCAUUGUUUAGCAAUGCGAUGUUUUGUGCAAACACAAACUAUAUCACAUUUCCCUGUGCUGUGUUUUGUUUUUUUUUGUUCACAGAGAGGAGAAACCAUUUUCUAUCCAUGGACUCACUCUAGCCUGUUUAAAUGUCAGAGGGUUAUUACAAGUAUUCCUAAAAGCAGCAUUUGGAUUUUAGUUUUUUAUUAAAUCUUGUCACACUGACUGUAUGUUAUAAAGUGUAUUUUCUAAAAUUAUGUUCUUAUUUUACUUAAAGGGACAAUCUAAGCAAUAUAACCACAGAUGCAUGUUGUAGUGUUUGGAUGUAGUAGUAGCAUGCUGCCAUCCUCUCUUUUUGUGUCAAAUAGUUUUGGAAUGGUUUGACCCAACCAGAAGGUCACCCAAGUGGCUGAGGCCUUGUCCCUUGCUGUCCAUCACUAAUGUGGAAGUACACGAUCACCUUAAAAAUAACAAAUUUCUUCAAGGUGUUCAUUGGCUGAGCUUGUCAUAUGACACUGUCAGUGAAUGCCAUUCAAUAAUAUAACUUCCUCAUUAGGCAUAUGGACAGGUAAGGGCAUUUAUGUCAAACAGUUCAAUCUGUUUGAAACCUAAUCGGAGAUGAUGCCAGAUCACUGUAGUGUGCUUAUGGUUUGUGUCCUUUUUCUAUGAGCUGCAAAUGGGUACUUCUUUCCUCAGUUGCAGAAGUUGUGUAUAAAAACAGGUUAUCUCUAAAACAUAUGUAAGGGUCAAUUGCUGCUCCCCAGGGAUGAACUUUCACUCACCAGCAGUUAGUGGUGAAUGUAAAUGUUAUUCAAAUGUUGUUAAAUGAAUGCAAAAAAUAAACUAAUCAGAAAAACGUUAACGUUUCUAAAGCUUUUGCUUGCAGCCCCAUUCCAGAACAGGAAGAGAUUCCACCUAUCUGAUACAUUUUCAUGGUUGUUCUCAGCCUAUUCAGUGUUUCUCAGUGUGUGCGUAUAGAGUAAAAACUGGACGGAUCUUGGACUGAAAGAGGAUAACUGAUAUUUCUCAUUUGAUGCCACUGAUACAUUAAGGCCUUCUUAUAGCUUCAGGGAUUUUAUUUCUACAAAUUGCUGCCAUUAUAAGUCAAUAGGGGACUUUAGGGCAGUGCUUCCCAAACCAGUUCUCAUAGCCCACCAUCAAUCCAGGAUUUCUGUAUUUUCCUGUUUUGUUCCAAUGGAGAUACUGACAAAACCUGGACUUUUGGUGGGUUUUGAGGACUGGUUUGGAAACCACUGAUCUAAAGUAUUGUUGUUGACAUUUUCUCUAUUCACAAGUGAAGAUUAAAAAUGAAACCGUAAAAACCAAAGUGUGCUACAAAAAUUGCCCUUACCCAGCAGUAAUGUACCACCAAACUCAAUGUGUAUCUGCUUUGCCUCCUGCCACAGUUGCAGAUGGUUCAUGAAGGGAAGAUGCAUGGCUUCUUGCGGAUGUACUGGGCCAAAAAAAUCCUUGAGUGGACCAGUUCCCCAGAAGAGGCUCUAAAUUUUGCAAUUUACCUUAAUGACCGAUAUGAGCUGGAUGGACGAGAUCCCAAUGGAUAUGUAGGUUAGUGUAAACGAAAAUGGAAAUUUUUUAUUUUGUAAACAGCAACUCCCAACAUCAUGGAUAGGUGUGUGUGUGUGUGUGUAUGUAUAUGUAUGUGUGUGUGUGUGUAUGUGUAUAUAUAUAUAUAUGUGUGUAUGUAUAUGUGUGUAUAUGUGUGUAUGUGUGUAUAUAUAUAUGUGUAUAUAUUGGACUUUAAUUACAUACACAAGGCUCCUGCAGGGGCUAGCAAUAUAAUAUGAUGAUAGCCAUGUAUAAAGUGGAUUUAUCUUUUGUGAGAAUUUUGCAGAACCGAAUAGCUAACUAAAUGUUAACUGUGGUUUGUGCUAUUUAUUUCUUUUUUUUUUUAAAAAUCAUACUUUUUUAUUUCCCCUUGGUGUACAUGUUGUGCUGCACACAGCAUUUAAAUUACAUUAAAGGGACAUCAUAGGCAUUCUAGUUUUUACCCUGAGUAAGGAUCUCUGGCUGCCCAAAUCCUGGCUACUACUCAAUGUUUAGCUAAGGCAGAGAUUAUACACUUCCUUCUAGCCAUACAAACUCAUACCAGCAAUGGGUGCUGUGAUAGGCUGAAAGCAGUCAGUUGACACACUCAACCAAUCACUGCCACUCAUUGCUGCUAAUGCUUAUAUGUAGCCCAGCAGCACAGAGGGGAUGGGCAGCUGGGGACUGUACAAUUAUUUAACGCUGAAUGGAAGGAUUUGUGAGGGAAUGCUAGACACUAGAACCAUUUCAUUAAGGUGAAGCAGUUAAACUGCCUACAGUAUCCUUUUACUACUGAAGCAGUACCCGAAUGCAUACAUACACAUUUCUGUGGCAUCAUGGGAUGGUGAAGCUGACAAAACAUGAAAGUGCAGCAGCGUGUGGUUUUCACUUAUCACCUAUCUAAUGGGCCAUACACAACACCACUAUUUUUCUCACAUACAUGCCUAACCCCACUCACACAGACAUUUAGCAAAUACCUCUUACAGAUAUAUAACAAGACAGACAAACACUAAAACUCAAGCACAUGUUCUCUCCAACUCUCACAAUAAAUUAUGUGCACACUAUUUACUCACAAAUGUUUUCAUUUACAUGCUUAUAGAAAUAGUCCCUUCUCCUUAGCUCCAUUAGCAGGAAGGAAGAACGGGUACAGUGUUCCGGAGUUAUGAUAUACGAACUAUCCCUGCUGUCUAGGUAGCAGGAGACUUACAAUGUCUAUUCCCCCAGCACAUUGUUUAAAAGGACACUGUAGUCAUCUGAACAAAUGUAGCUUAAUGAAGCCCCUGCAGUCUCACUGCUCAAUUCUCUGCUAGUAACGAGUUCAAUCACUUUGUUUAUACAGCCCUAGUCACACCUCCUUGCAUGUAACUUACACAGCUUCCUAAACACUUCCUGUAAAGAGUCAUCUAAUGUUUAUACUUCCUUUAUUGCAAAUUCUGUUUAAUUUAGAACUUCUUAUCUCCUGCUCUGUUAAUAUAUUGCUAGCCCCUGCAGGAGCCUUGUGUAUGUAAUUAAAGUCCAAUAUACAGAGCAGGAGAUAAACUUUUAAAGUAAGUUACAUCUGAUUGAAAAUGAAACCAUUUUGUUUUCAUGCAGGCUGUCCGUCACAGCCAGGGGAGAUGUGGCUAGGGCUGCAUAAACAGAAACAAAAUUAAUUUGAAUCUAAAUGGCACAUAAUUGAGCAGUGAGACUACAUAGGCUUGAUCUAUGUACUAAAACUGCUUCAUUAAGCUAAAAUUGCUUGGUGACUACAGUGUUCUUUUAAGGCAAGCAGGAAGGUGCCAACAUUUAUGCCUGGUAUUCUAAUAAUCAAAAGAAUGAGUCUGCCGCUCUAGGACAAUAUAUUGCUGAACAAACCACAUCGUACACGAAAAUAAAUGUCAUAUGGUGAAAAGAAAAGCAUUUAGAUGUUGGCAUUUGCUGAUCAACUAAAUGGCUUUCAUAAUCUAUUGUGGUCACACAUCUUGAUGUUUGAAUGUUAAUGCAAAUUAAGAUCAGUUUCUUACUUGCUCUCCAUACUGUUGCCAUUUCCUUUCCAGGUUGCAUGUGGUCAAUAUGUGGCAUACACGACCAAGGAUGGGCAGAACGUGCUGUAUUUGGGAAGAUCAGAUACAUGAACUAUCAAGGCUGUAAGAGGAAAUUUGAUGUGGGAGAGUUUGAGCGUCAAUAUCACCCCAAAAAGUUCAGUUAACACCGAAUAUUUUUAGCGUAAUGCAGGAAUCAUCAUAUCCUCAGGGAGGUUCGUCAUAAUGAUUUUGGUCUGUUACAUUUUUUCUCUGUGUUAAGUCUCUCUAGGUCUCUUAUAAUUUCCUUACCUUAAAGAACAUGUCUCCAUAAGCAUAAUGUAGGAAGUUUUAGUUCUUUGUACAAACUCAGCACUUCACAUCUUACAUAGCAUUACUUAUUUAGCACUUUAGCCAUAUGUUUUACUUUAGUUUGGUUUCCAUGGGUAUUGCACCAGAAUAGUACCUAUUUUUGUCUUUAAAAAAAAAAAAAAAAAAUCACUUUGGAUUCAUAGGACUGUAUUAAGUGACACAGCGGCAAAUGGAAUUCUAAGUUUGCUAUGAAGUGGUACUUUUAAGCUCCCUAACUGCUUCUGAUAUUACAGCGAAGCUCAAUACCCUGUUAUGACAUACAAUCCUCAGUGAUAUGAUAACACGCAAAGGUCUGCUGUAUUCAGUAAUUAAAUCCUCCUGGGUCUGAAGCUCAGGGGAAAAACUAAACGCAUUACUCUGCUAAAGAGCUGUAUCUCUUUACUGUAACAUUUUUGAUAAACUGCCCAAUUUUUGCUAAACUGGUCUGGUUUUUUUUUUUUUGUACCAACUAUUCCUAACCUCACCACCGGGUAGAAUGCACACAUAAGGACAACAACGGCAAGCUUUCACACUCCACAUAUCAAUGCACUGGUUUUGACGUGAUUCUUAGCCUGCCCACAGAUUAUGGAAAAAAUGUUGGUCAAAAGGAAUUGGGACGAGUACCUCCAGAAUCUAAAAUGCAAUUAAUAUUAGAUGUUAAAUAUGUUGCUUCUGAAAUUAUUAUGCAGCUUUAUCACACUGCAGGGCUCAACGUCUUCACUUGCCCACUAACUAUCUGCAUGUGAAAUUUCAGCCCUGAUUUGGUUGCCAUGGUGACUUUCUACACUAAGCUAGUAAGCUCGAACACUACUUCUAUUCCAUAAUGCUUACUAAAGAGGCAUAAAGACACUAUACAUACAAAGACUUAGGAUUUUGAUCUAGAUCAGACAAGGUAUUCACUAAAAUGAGAAUUCAAAGUGAAUUUCAGGCUUAAAGGAACACUCUGGGAAGCAAAACAGUUUCAUCUCUAUGACCAGUGCCCGGAGGAGAAGCCUGUGUUGUGCUGCCUCGAAGUCUUGGGCAUAAUCUUACCUUAAAUCGUUAAACCAUUUACAAAUGGUAUAAACAGAGUUAUGACGACAGCACCCAUUUGCUUGUCCUCCGGGCGCUGGUCUGAGGUGUCAAUGAGUAAGCCUCUGACCUUGGCAUCGCUGAGAGCCUUCGCUGACACUAUCGGUAGUGCCUAGUACUCUAAGUCUAGGAUGAGCAAAAGCAGUGCUCAAGGCACACCUAAAAGUCCAGGAUUUAGGGAUUACCCGAGUGUGUCUAAGAUGUUUUUUUAGACUAAGAUGUUUUUUAGAUUUUUUUUUUUUCUAUACACCUUCAACAUACCCAGGUAAUCCCUAAAUCCGUGUGCAUGAGGAGCACUGAGCAAAAGGACACAGUCUUUACAACUUGAGGUUAAACCAUUUGUAAAGUUUAAUUAAAAUAAGAUGGUGCAGGUCCUCCUGGCAUCCUAACUUAAUUGAGAUGAGGCUAUGGUGCCUGGAGUGUUCCAUCAAAACUUUAGUCAAACUGGAAGCAUGGCUAACUUAGGCCUCAAAGGGACACUAUAGUCACCAGAACCGCUAGAGCUUAAUGUAGAUGUUCUGGUGAGUAUAGUCAGUCAUUGUAGGCUUUUCAAUGUUAACACUGCUUUUUCAGAGGAAAGGCAGUGUUUACAUUACCGCCUAUGAACACCUCUAGUGACCAUUCUACAGGUUGCCACUUGAGGUGCUUCCUAUCUCCGUGCUGCACUGUUUGUAGCACCUACGUUCCGUGUUUCCCCACUCUGCUUUGAAAUUCCGAACACUUUCUAUAGAGAUGCAUUGAUUCAUAUAUAAUAGCCUCCAGAAAAGCAUGGGAUUGUCUAAGAUCAUCAAGAUUGAUUAUCUCAACCAUGGAGACACUCUAGCAAGCAGAGAUCAUGACUGUUUUAGUUUUAAACGGAUAUUAGUCCCCAAAAAUAAUCUUGCUAAAGUGGGUGCAGUGUCCCGGUCCCACUUAGUUGGAUGACAUAAGAGGAGGCAGAACGAGACAUCAGCGCCGGAAUCAGCUAAGUGACUAAAGGUUUUUUUUUUUUUCUCACGUUUAUAUGCCAGAAGGGCUCUAUCUAGAUUUAGAAAUACAUAUUUGUAUUCCUAACACUAUAGAAACCCUUUAAAUAGGAAUGCAUAAGAGAGAAAAAUUACUGUUUUCCCUCCAUUUCAUGAAAGGAAAUUGAAUUAAGACUAAAAUAGAAGAAAAAGUUACUAUACUGUAGUCUAUUUUCAUUGAGGCUUAAAAUAAAGGGAACAAGUGAGGAAAAAAGUCACAAAUUGAAGUUGCAAAUCAUUUGACUAGUGAUCAUUAACAAUUUAAGCACUGGCUACUAAAACAGCUAACAAUCGAGAUAUGCCACUUUGGGCAACAAGUAGAAGUAUAGCAAUUGUGCCUCAUAAGUGGAAGAAAACAGUCUUAAGGCUAACAAUGUUGGGAUUACAGAGGGCUGACUUCAAUAAGCAAGGAGUGGACGACCAGCUUGGAAAUCUUAAACCAAACAGCUGCCCUGGAAAAGAAUCCUUUCGUUGAAUUGUUUUUAGAAUUAUUUUGUAAGAGGACUGUUUUUUUUCAACUCAUUUGGCAAGUCUUCAAUUAAACUGUUUUUAUUUUUUGGACAGACACACUAAUGGUAGGUAUUGCACUGAAAGUAAAUCCAUGCCCCUUCUCAUAUUAUAAUACUGACCUACAUCCCUGGUCCGCCAAGUCUUGUUAAAACAGAUAUGACCUAACAAAUGCCAGGACAUUUUUUUCUUUCUUAAAAGUGGUAGCAACCACCACCACUAGGUUGAAACUUUUUUUUUUUUUUUUUUUGCUAGAAGAAUCAAACUUCAAAACCCUCAAGUAAAAUGGUUAAUUGAUCUGUCUACAUAUUGACUUUUUUUUUUUUUUUUAAUGUAUACUUUUAAGAACAGAUGGUUUGUUGACAAAAUGGGUGUUCUAUUAGAAGUUCCAACCUUCCACAUCACCUGUGAAUUUUCUUUAUGUAGUUUUAUUUAUUUUAAGCUGGAGGGACUGUGGAGGAAGGCAUGAUUAGUAGGAAAAACCACUAAGAAAUGUCCUUUUAACUGCAUAAAAUCUUCAAAUAAAUAAAAAAAAAAAACUGGCGAGUCAAGUGUCAUCAACUUCUGCCUGAAGUUCACCUCUGUGACUGUAAUCAAAUGUAACAGACGCAGUUUUAACUUAAUACUUUUAUUUUGGACGGAAUUAGAUUUACAAUUCUUUGUACAACAGAAGCCUUGACAUCAUGUAGUACAUUUUAGUACGUGAACAAUUAGUAUUUACAAAUCAUUUUCACAAUACAUUUACAUGUUUUAACAUACUAACACGAUAACUGGCUGGAGUCUGCAGAUGUGUGUAAUACAAGGAAUUUGAUUAAUUGCAAAAACUCUUGGCUGUCUUUCUAGGAAAUGUUUUGAACAUUCAGAAUUUUUUAUUUUUUUUAAAAUGUGAAUCGUUAGAAAAUCAAAUUUAAACUUUAGGAUUUAGACCAGAAUAGCUAAAAAGAAACUACCUGACCAGGGGAAUUUCUCAAAGUUAAUUGUUUUAGCCAAAUUUGUGAAAUUCCCAACAAUACACACUUUAGUGAAUAACCUUGUUAGAGUGCCAUAGGUGUGAGCAACAAUGCCAGCAUUCAACGCUCACAAUUGAUACUUCUCAUUGUUUGAAGUAGCUGCCUAUGAUAAAUUGACAAAACAAAAAGCAAGGCUCAGUGGUAUCACCAAACUUUGUGUAAAUAAAUGAUGUCCUUUAAUACAGAUGCUGGAAAUCAAACUAGGAAUGUGAAAGUGCAACUCCCAAAAUCGAAUUAAAAACAAAAAAAAAAAAAAUAACAAUAAAUGUACUAUGAACAAAUAAAAAAUAUAUAUAUAUAUUUUUGUUUUUAAAUCAGUAAUGGAGUGUAAAAUGACAAACAGUAGAGGAUGGAAUAUUGACUGAUAUACAUUGAUAUCUAUUUGGCAAAACCUUAAAAGACUGUUUCAUUAAUAAAGUGCUGCUCUCCCUGUCGGAAAGCUUUUGCCGAGCUCUGCACCUUCAUACCAACAAAUAGUUAGUCAGAAUACAGUAGAAAAAAUGGAAAUCAAGAGACCACUCCAUUUUUUGCUUUACAUACUUACUGGACAUUUAUAUUUACACGCACAAUGCAAGGCUCCAGAUAAAUAUACCACUUUAAACACAGAUUAUCAAAGUGCAAUUAGAUAAGAUAGAUAGUAAAGAGACCAAAACACUCUAUAGCAAGGUCAUCUGCAAGAAAUGUAUACUAUGCAGACACUUGUGCACCAGAGAAAAUGUGGCUUCAUAUAUUGGACAUUCAAUACUAUUGUUAAUUAUACAAUCAUUUAGUACAUUAGUGCAAUACUACAGAAGGUCAUGAGAGCCACAACACCCCUGCUCCUGUCAGUCUGAUCAAGUUAAGUCUUUGCGGCCAAAGAGGCAAGGCUGUGUCCCAAAUUUGCAUAUAUUUUCCAUCAUCGAUAUCCUGUAGUCCAUGAAGCAGGCAAGUCAGCACUAUAGGAUGUUUGCAAUGGCAUGUCUAAUGUUAGCACCUAAACACUUUGUUACACUUAAGUUUGCAAUAAAAUACAUCUCAUCCAUGUCUGGAAUUCCUGACAGAGCCAAAGUCCCAUAUUAGUGCAAUGACAAUGGGGACACAGUUCUUAAAACUCCCCCCCACCACCUUCCUGCUUACAGUUUAAAGUGUGGACCACUAUGUGGGAAGUUCUUUUAAGUCAUUUACAGAGAGUGAAAAAUUAAGCUGCCUCUUUUGCCCAGCUUUCAACACAGCAUGGUACACAACAACAUUGCAACAGCAGAAGAGUCACAUGAAAAUGUUUUGUAUUAGAUAGAACAAGUUACCCUGUGGUAACGCAAUUCCAUCUUUUGGAAAGAGGAUACUUCCGAUCAAGCACCAGCUGCCCUAUUUGCUUUGCAUUUUACUUUAGUGCAACAUGGAAAAUAGCUCAAAAUUUGCAGUUUCAGAGGACGGAAGGUGAAAUCUUGAAUUAAGGGUUUUUUCUUAAUGGACAGUGUUUUGUAGCCUGCUGGUUAGUGCAUUGCUGAGCCAUAUGGUUUGCUUUGGAUAUACAUGCGGCUCGGUAGAGGCUGAGAAGAGAAAAAAAAUCUGUGCAAAGUGGAAUUAUUAAAGGUUUUAGAAUUUGGACAAAAAUACACAUACAACACAAAUGAGGAAAAGUUGUGCACGAACUGGGAGUGGACCUUUAACUCUGUCAGAUGGAUGAGCACAGCAAUAUAUUAUGCACAUGUUUUGGCAAUCAGUGGGUUCAUACAGCCCUCCUCUAUUUGUUGGAAAGCAGUGCAAGGUUACAAGCUACUGAAGCAUGAGUAAAGCUCAAAAUGUGGCUGCUGCAAUUGACUUAUGAUUUAGCCCUGCUACAUCAACAUGGCCAUAUUGAUACGGUCAGUGUGUCUCCUUUUCAUUCAGUGUAUCUUCCUCCAGAUCCUCCUGGUCAGAAUUGUAGGUCUGUAGUCUCUGUGUGGCUAGCAGAUCUCUCCUUGCUCGCAGGCGUUCACAUUUAGGACACUGGACUGAUCGGAAGCAGUGUUUGUGAUAGCAAGCUUUGCAUUCUGUACAUUUGGAGACAAAAGAUUGGGAGUAAAUUAAAAAAUGCGCUGACAUUCAAGUGAAUAUCAACCAACAGUUUACUUCUGCAUCUACAGAAGAAAUCAGUACAUUACGUUGAAAAGGC